UCAUUUUGAACUUAAAAUUACUGUUCUGCCUUCAGCCAUCGUUUUUACGUAGACGACACGCUGACACUUACAAUUGCCAACAUACUACGAACAAUUUUAUGAAUUGUCGUUCCGAAACAUUACUGAUUGUGUCUGCGUUAAUCUGUCGAAAAGAGUAGCACUUGGAAAUGUACCGAUGCUGGACAUUUUGGAUGAACACUGGGUGCAGUGUGUGUACAAAGGGAGAGCUCGUGCCAUCAUGCAGCGUUCCACCCACCGGAAAUCGUCAACAUGGAGAUCAGCCGUACUCAAACAUCACUAUUUUGCCGGUCGUUAGAGAUCGACUUGAACAAGUGCAAUAUCACCACAUGAGAAAUGUCUUGAAAAUUUAGUUUUAGUAAUACUUCUACUUCUAUUACGUAUUUGCCGGGACGAAUAACCGUACGAUGUAUGGUACUAGAUCAUUUUUAUAUUUAGUUUUGAAAGUUGCAGUUUAAUCGCUAUUUUUUAUUUUAGCAUUUUAACAGUGAGUUCCAACAUCGUAGUGAAAGUUAUGGUUUUAAUAAUUCUAGUUUUCCGGCAUAUGCCAUAUUUUAUUGCGUGCCAGAGGAUAACAUACCAGGUUUUAUCCCUAGCCAUGCCAGUGGCAACGCCAGAGGCACUUGCCAGUGCCAGGUAUUACACCCUGCCGAUUUAGAGUGAUUUAAACUGCGAAAAUACGCGUUGUUUCUGUGCAAGCCGGACUACAAACAUACGCACAGUCGAAUCAGAGCUCACAAGAGAACCAAAAACUUUUGCAACGGGUUUGCUUUUGAGCGCAAUAUAUGGCAUUUAUCAGUUAUCACAACACAUUAAGGUGUGCUCCGCUUUCUAACAGACCAUGGAAGUGAUGGAAGGGGAACCACAGCGGCAACGCCAGCCCGUCACCGCAAAGCAAAAAGAGCAGAUCGUCCGCUUAUGGCGCAACUCCGCGUACACUAACGCGCAGAUUGCCCAGCAGUGCCGUGUCAAAAUUACCACCAUGUAUAAGAUCCUUCGCACCGCACCCUCGAUUUCCGCCCGGCGGAAAUCCAACCCAUGGCGCAAAAGCUGCCGUGCCGAGCGGAGAAAGAAGAUCGUUGACUUAUUCGAAAAGGGCAGCACAGUGAGCGAUAUUAUGCAGGAAGCGCAGGUUAACGAGAAAAGCAUAAAUGCUGCACUGAGACGCGCGGGAAUGAGUUUCAAGGAACGGGACAAUCCUGGCCUCAGCCAACAGCAGAAAGCUGCAAUCCUCAAGCUUUUUGAGGAAGGCCACAUGGGAACGGACAUUCAGGAAAAGGUCAGCGUAUCGAAAAAUGCUCUGCAAAAGUUUCUGCGCGAAACGGGCAAGUCCUUUAAGAAACGCGAUAGUGCUGCGCGGACCGGUAUCUAUGAGACGGUCAGCAACGAGAUGAUGGCGCAGAUUGCUGAGCUGCAGGCCGACGGCGUACGACCCGCGGAAAUAGCCAAGCGGUUAGGCGUGAGCCGGCAGAGUGUCAUCCGUGUGACGGCGCAAUCUUGCGGUGCGCCCUUAUGCGAUCGGAUGCUGCGCAGUGCGCAGUCGCAGGAUGGAGAAGAUGGGCGUUCCGUUAAACCGCGCGACACCCAACUGCCCAUUUCGGAUCCCCACCAUAGCGAACGUGGGCCCUAUGGCCAUCCAGGUCUUGCUGAAAGGAAAAGUAUAAGCAGUGCGCAAGAUAGUCGGAAUACUGACGAACGCCAAAACGCCCGCCGUCCAAGGGGUCGACCAAGGGGAACAACGAGCGCAGUUGGGUACAAAGUGAGCGGUGGACGGCACAAAAAUAAAUCUGCAAAUAAUGGCCCGUCGAAUGCCGCUGUUGCCGUUAAUGUGACUUCCGAUGUGGUGGAAUUGGCAGCGGCCAAACAGCCCCAAGGUCUCCUAAAGCAGAUACCGAUGUACAUGCGGAGGAUCCAUUCUCUCCCCUCGAAUUAUUCUGUGGAGAGCGCAACAUUUCCAAGAAAGAAGUCCUGCAUCGCACCCAAGCAUCCGCUCGAGAGCAGCCGCAGCAGCAACCGGAAGUAACGGCGGAAACGUCUGCUAAUUUACCUAACUGUUCCGUAGAGAGUACUCGUGAGGCAGCGUCACCGUCAUGCGAUGCAGUUGGCGCACCGUACCAGUGCCGCAUCUGCCGCUUAUCGUGGAAGGACGCGGACUUGUUUCUAUCCCAUUUAAUCUCCAAACAGCACGAAAGUUUCGUUAAACCGGAGAGUUUACUGUUCUGCACGGCGUGUAACUUUCAAAGUCGACAACCACUGAAAAUGGGACAGCAUAUUGUUAAAUAUCAAUCGCGGAAUUCCAACCGGAAGUCACGAAUGCAUGCGGUAAAGGCCCAGCUUAACUCAAUGUGAAAUAUUGUGUCGGUUUGGCUUUGUUUUUCCUCGAGGCAGUCUGUAGCAAUUUUGUAAUGUAUUUGCUGUGCAGUUUUUAGUUUCACUGAACGAAAACUUUAUAAACAUAUACUGGCAAUGAAAACUUCUCGUAUUUAUAUAGGUAAUCUGCGAAACGUAAUUUUUUCUCGUGAAGUCCUUGGAAGUUGAUUAAGCUUAAUGGCUUCCUAAAUUUGAAUGGAAGGACAAUAUGCGUUGAGUUUUAACGAAUAUUUUUACAAUGUAUUGAUA